AUGUAAAUUUGUACUUCUACCGCCUCCUUAAUCCAGUUUCGGUAAUCGAAUACCGAUGCCAGAGCUUUGUCUGUGUCCAUUUCGACUUGGAAUAUCAAAAUCAAUCAAUCAAUUGGACUAAUGGUGCAAAAUGGGGAAUAGUAAUGUAGACUAUCUCUGAUUUUUUGACAAAAAACAUCUGAAGCCAUAGAAACUAAGUUGUACAAGCAGACAAUAGUCUCACAAGAUGGAAAAUUCCAAUGGAUCAUCAGUGAGCGCUACACAUUCAAAUGAUUCUGCUAGCAACCCAGCUGAUUCGAACGAUUUUACUAACAAUCCGGGCACAAGUAUCACACCAACCCCUCCAAGUCCUGGAGCUAACCAAACUACGAGAAAUACAAAUAAUAGACAAAGACAUCGUAAUCGAAGAGGAGGUUCAGGAGUGAAUCGCAACAAUCUUCGGAGCAGAGAAGGAUUUUUCAUGCAUUAUCUUUUCAUCACGUUGUCAGUCCGUUAUGCAACUUAUUUUAAACCAACAGUGCGAAGAAUGAUAGAAUUUUUUACUCUUAUAAAGGCUAUAAUUAUGUUGAUGAUAUUGAUAUAUAUUCACGUAACAUUUGUGAAAGAUUCUGGAAAAUGUUUGGAACAUGUUGAAGACAUCUGGCCAAGAUCUGGUGUAUUGAAAGUCCAGGUUGAGGGUAACACCUCGGUACCCCCUUUUCAGUUUUUCUUCGCUCGAGCAGAUCCCGAUAAUUGGGCUACAUCUUUAGAAACCGAUCCUUAUCAAGCGGUUUUCAAAUACUCUGUGCAGUUUGGUAAAGAUGGGAUUCCUACAAUUGGUAAAUUCACUAGAACGACGCCAAAUAUGCCUUUAAAAAGAGCAAGAAAAUUGUUUGGAGUGAAAGAAAAUCUACAGUGUCCUUUGUUUAAUAUGACCCAGUUCAUGAGAGAUGAACACAGGGAAAUGCUAAAGAAACGAUUCUCUGAAACUGUGCCCAAUGUUCAAUUUUUACAUGCAGAAGAAAAAGAAGACGUACCAAAAUGGAUUCUGAUAGAUCCAUCUGUCUCUGAUACAAUCGCUGAGUUGAAGAUGUUACAAAUGCAAGAACAUUCAGGAUUCAAUGUUGGACCUCAACCUGUGCGAGAGUAUUAUGCGAUAGAAUAUAGUGCUGAAUUUGGAUAUCUUCGUUUGUCUGCAACAACCAGACAUAAACUAGGGAUACCAGUGCUUGUAGUUACUUUAGAUCCAUUGCGGGAUUCUUGUUUUGGUGAAGGAAUGAAGCGUUGGAUGUUGGACACAUUCUUUGGAUACGAUGAUCUGGUGAUGAGCAGCAUCAAACAACUGGCUGAGAAAGAUAAUAAACAAGGAGGAGGAUAUCUGAGAAACCUGGUCACUGGGGAACACUACAAGUUCAUCACACUAUGGGUCAGCCAUGCAUCAUAUCUACUGGCUUUUGCUGUCAUGCUGGUGUUUACUCUGGUUGUAACAAUGUUGCUUCGAUACUCAUAUCAUCAAAUCUUCGUUUUCAUGGUUGAGCUCCUCCACAUUCUUGAUACUGAUGCAACACCUGUAUUUCCUGCUGCUCCCAUGUUGACAAUUAUCCUAGCUCUUGUGGGGACUGAAGAAAUUAUGACAGAGUUUUUCCAUGAUUCAACACUGGCUUUCUAUGUUAUUCUAUCAAUAUGGAUUGCAGAUCAGUUUGAUGCAAUAUGUAUGCACACUGUUAUCAGUCGUCGUCACUGGGUCAGAUUUUUCUUUCUCUACCACUUUGCAUUCUACGCAUAUCACUACAGAUUUAAUGGACAGUUCAGCGAACUUGCUUUGUUUACUUCUUGGCUGUUCAUACAGCAUUCAAUGUUUUAUUUCCUGCAUCAUUACGAGAUUCCUGCGAUUCAGAGACAAAUUCGACUUCGACAAAUUUUAUUCCAAAACAACAUGCAGGGAAAUCCCCCAAAUUCACCACCUGAUGGCACUAAUGAGGCCCCACUUCCUACUGAAAAUACCGAAAUGGAUAAUAAUGACACUCAUAAUACUCCCGCCGCAAGUGACGGGGCUGGUGACGCUGCCCAGAACGACAUACCAUCUACUUCAGAUGUAAAUCAAAACGAUUCUACUGUUCAUAUCGGUAUAAGUUCCACCCCCAACUUUCAAGCGCCAACUGCCCCAUAUGAUUCUCUGAAUUUAACGGACAAUAUAAUAUCCGCUAUUUCACCUGAAGACAUUGAGUUAGAAAAUUCCUUAUAUGGUCAUGAGAAUAGUCUCAAAGAAAGCGAUGCGGUCGAGUUAUGGGAUGACUUUACUAAUGUUUUGAAUGAGGAGACAAUUGCGGAGCGCAACAUCGAGCACAAUUCUGUUGGCGUGGCAAAAUACUGCAGUUUAAUAAUGAUGUUGUUUUUUGCAAUUAUUUCACUUAUUUUAUUAUUUUCUGUGACUAUUUUUAUGUUGAAUCAAGGUAAAUUUGGUGCAAGAUCAGUGAAUUUUGACAGAGUUGCCGAAAUUGUACGAUGAUUUUCAUUCUUUUUUAUUUUUGAAUCAAUUUGUGCUUGUGUUAAAAAAACAAUUAUUUGGAAGUAUUAUUAAUUAUAGAAAGAAAAUCUGUGUGGCAAUAAAAAAAGCGAUUUAUUUCUAGAUUAAAAAUUUUAUUCAAACUAUUAUUUAUAGCUCUCAUGCUUUAUAAUAAUCAGGUUUCGAUUUUUUAGUUGUGCAUUGUUUUUGUUAAUUACUGAAAAGUCUAAUAUCCUAGCAUUUUUAGAAUGGUUAUACCAAUUGCAUUUCAAAGUCUGAUUUACCAAAGUUAACGUAAUAAUGUGUUCAAUUGUCUAAGUUCUAGUAUUGAAGUUAAAUGAAGUUGAGAUUUUGGGAUAUAUUUGUCAGAAAAGCUUAUGUUCAUUACUCAAGAUAAUAAUUUUACAACAAUUUAAAUUAUUUUAAUUUCCUUCUCACAAUUUAGAAUCAAAUCUAAUCUUCUAUGAAUAUACCCAAAAAUUAUUAAUUCUCUCACUAAAACGAAAAUGGUGUUUCUUUUUCCGUUAUUGUACUUCAUGCAUAUAUUUUAGGUUUGUUUUUAUCGUGGAGCCAUAAACUAACUGUUACAUGAAAACUAAUCACUACUUAUUAUUGACAAUUGAUUACAGGGAGAUUUUUUUUAUAAGCAGAAUUAUUUUCAAUUACCGUAGUUAAAAAAGUGAACUUAUAUACAGUAUCAAGAAAAUUGCCAUGAAUUUUAUUAUAUUCGUAGGCGAGACUGAUAAAACAUGAUAUCAGUGA